GCGUUAACUUGCUCUACUGCUCUUUUUAAAAGUUAUCGGAGGAAGGAAAAGUAGAAGAAGGAGGAGGAGGAGGAAAAAAAAAUUGCGCUACCUCUUCAAACCGUCCCGGUUUUUACCGGGGGAGUUGUCGUCAUCAGCACCCCAGAUACCCCCCCACACCACCCCCACCCCUUAGCUCCCUAAAUGGAUGGGGCAGUCUUGGUCUAUGUAGUUCAGCACAGGCCAAAAGAUUGGAAACAACUAGUGAAUAUCCGUCAGUUUGGCGUCUAGAGGGGAAACGCUCAGAAAUGCCCGGUUGCCUCGCUGGAGCUCAACUCUGAGGACUUUUCUCCUGCAUUUGUGCUUUUUUUUCAGGAGGAAGGACUCUGCUCAAAGUUUACAAAAGACAGGAAAACUCAGCGCUGAAGUGGCAGCUCUCACACUGUAGCCCUCGCUAUGGAUUGUAUGUAUUUAUUGAUGUGCUUUUCUCUCAGUCAUAUAUUUUUGGAACAUAUUUUCGCAGCAGAAACACAUGAAAAACUCUCUGGAAAGUUAAGUGAAUAUGGUCUUAUCGUGCCAUUCAGCACAGACUCCCAUGGCCGGUACAUUUCUCACGUGGUCUCUUCUGCUGGAAGUGGAAGUAAGGUGGUGGUGGUGGCUGCUGCUGCUGCUGCCGCCUCAGACUCUGGCAGCAAAAGAAGGGUGGCCCGCGAUGCCCCCGAGAUGCCCUCGGUCACCUCCUCCACGACUCAGCACUUGUUUUUCAAUGUCACCGUGUUUGGGAAAGAACUGCACCUCCGCCUGAGGGCCAACAGGAGGCUGGUGGCACCGGGGGCUUUUGUGGAAUGGCAGGAGGACUUUGAGGAAAAGGCCAAGGAACGCAUCCAUGGGGACUGUGUUUUCACUGGGGAUGUGAGUGACAUGCCGGAGGCCUCGGUGGCUAUCAGCAAUUGUGACGGGCUGGCAGGUCUGAUCCGCACUGAUAAUGGGGAGUUUUUCAUCGAGCCCCUAGAGAAGGGCCAACAGGACGUGGAAGUGAAGGGGCGUGUCCACGUGGUCUACCGCAGGUCGGCCAUCAAGCGGGAGACGGGCCAGCGGAGGGAGGACCUCCACAACGAAGUGGCAGAUUUCGGGAUCGCAGACCUCCCCGCUGCUCUGGAUCUCGUUGAGCGUAAACUGUCUGAGUCUGAGCGCAAGAGGAGGCACGCAAAGAAAGACGACUACAACAUCGAGGUGCUGCUGGCUGUGGACGACUCGGUGGUGCGCUUCCAUGGCAAGGAGCAUGUGCAGAAUUACGUUCUCACCCUCAUGAAUAUAGUUGAUGAAAUCUACCACGAUGAGUCUUUGGGAACCAACAUCAACAUCGUCCUUGUUCGCAUGAUAAUGGUCGGGUACCGACAGUCUAUAAGCCUGAUAGAACGUGGCAACCCAUCCCGCAGCCUGGAGCAGGUGUGCCGAUGGGCCAACACGCAGCAGCGCCGCGACCCCGACCACGCCGAGUACCACGACCACGCCAUCUUCCUCACAAGGCAAGAUUUUGGUCCCGCAGGUAUGCAAGGUUAUGCUCCGGUGACAGGGAUGUGCCACCCACUGAGAAGCUGCACUCUGAACCAUGAGGACGGCUUCUCCUCUGCCUUCGUGGUUGCUCAUGAAACAGGCCACGUGCUCGGUAUGGAGCAUGACGGCCAGGGGAAUCGCUGUGCUGAUGAGACCAGUAUGGGGAGCAUCAUGGCACCACUUGUCCAAGCAGCUUUCCACCGCUAUCACUGGUCACGUUGCAGCAAGCAGGAGCUCAAUCGAUACAUCCAUUCCUAUGACUGCCUCCUGGAUGAUCCCUUCGAACACAAGUGGCCCAAGCUUCCAGAGCUCCCUGGAAUAAAUUAUUCAAUGGACGAGCAAUGCCGUUUUGACUUUGGCGUUGGAUAUAAAAUGUGCACUGCUUUUCGAACCUAUGACCCCUGCAAGCAACUGUGGUGCAGCCAUCCUGACAACCAGUAUUUUUGUAAAACUAAAAAAGGACCUCCAGUGGAUGGAACAGAGUGUGCACCGGGAAAGUGGUGUUUCAAGGGCCACUGCAUCUGGAGAUCGAGCCAGGAGCCUCAGGGCCACGAUGGGAGUUGGGGCUCCUGGUCAAAGUUUGGCUCUUGCUCUAGAACCUGCGGAGGUGGCGUUCGCUCCCGCAGCAGACAGUGCAACAACCCUCCGCCUGCCUACGGUGGUCGAGAUUGCCCAGGCUCUGCUUUUGACUACCAGAUGUGCAACACUGAGGAGUGUGCUGGCCCAUACGAGGACUUCCGUGCUCAGCAGUGCAUCCAGAGGAGCAACAAAUACCACAACAACAUCAAGCACACCUGGCUACCAUAUGAGCACCCAGAUGAGGGCCGCAAGUGUGAGCUGAGCUGUAAGUCAAAGGAAACAGGCGAGGUGGUGUUCAUGAACCAAGUGAUGCAUGAUGGGACCCGCUGCAGCUACUCAGACCCCUUCAGUGUGUGCGCUCGAGGAGAGUGUCUGCAUGUUGGCUGCGACAAGGAGGUUGGCUCUUACAAACAAGAGGACAAAUGUGGAGUGUGUGAGGGGGAUAACUCACACUGUCGCACCGUGAAGCUAACACUCACCAAGACGCCCAAAAAGAAUGGAAUGCUGAAAAUGUUUGACAUCCCAAUAGGAGCUCGCCACAUUGUUAUAGAAGAGAACGAGACCUCCCCUCAUAUAAUUGCUGUGAAGAAUCAAGUUACUGGAAACUUCAUACUGAAUGCAAAAAGUGAAGACGCUGAAUCAAAGAACUUCAUCGAAAAUGGUUUACAGUGGGAGUACUCCAUCGAUGGUGGGAAGGAGACCCUGAAAACAACUGGUCCCUUGCAUGAGGGCAUUGUGGUUCUGGUCAUUCCCCAGGAGGAAGAUGUAAAAAUCAGCUUAACAUAUAAAUAUAUCAUACACGAGGACCUGCUGCCACUAAUUACCAACAACAAUGUACUUCUGGCUGAACUGGACACCUAUGAGUGGGCACUGAAGAGCUGGUCUCAGUGCUCCAAACCCUGUGGGGGAGGCAUACAGUACACAAAAUAUGGAUGCAGGAGAAAGAGUGACAGCCGUCUGGUGCAUCGUCACUUUUGUGAAACCAACAAAAAACCCAAACCCAUCCGUAAACGCUGCAAUGUGCAAGAGUGCAGCCAGCCCACGUGGGUGGUGGAAGAGUGGAGUCCCUGCAGUAAGACCUGUGGGAAGCUAGGCUACCAGACCAGGGUGGUGCAGUGCAUGCAGGCGCUCCACAAUGGCACCAACAGGCCUGUCCACAGCAAACACUGCACAGAGAAUCGUCCGGAGACGAGGAGAGCCUGUAACCACACCAUAUGCCCAGCUCAGUGGAGGACAGGGGCGUGGUCACAGUGCUCGGUGACCUGUGGCGAGGGAAUUCAACAAAGGCAGGUGGUUUGCAAGGCCAGCGACAACACCAUCGGAGAGUGUGAGGGUGAGAAGCCAGAAACAGUCCUCAUUUGCAAACUAAGUCCUUGUCCAGGACAGCCAGUGUCUUCUCUCAUUGUUGAAACAAUGGGAAACUCCACAGUAAAAGAUGUACACCAAAAGUUUCCUGACAACCCUGUCCACAAAAUCUCUUCAAAUGAGCCAUGUCUGGGUGAUAAAUCGAUUUUCUGCCAAAUGGAGGUUCUUGCCCGUUAUUGUUCCAUCCCUGGAUAUAAUAAGCUUUGCUGUGAGUCUUGCAACAAGAAAGAAAACCUUGCCACUCAUGCUCCUGACCUCGAAAACACCCCAGUGGCCUCAGUAGAUCCUGAGCCCUCCUUUUCCUCUCAACCAUCAUCACCCAAUGUUCCUCUUCUCGCUACGACCCAGAGCCCGCCCCAAACCACUAAAGCCAUCAGCAGGCGGCUCCGGUCCACUGCCCCAGCGCCAACCACCACCACCGCCGCUGAAGCCUUGUCAUCCACAGGUGCUGCUCUGCCCCAGGUUCCCACCAGUGACUCCUUCCUCACAGCUGGGAAGGGAAACUCACACCCGGGGCCCCUCCUACCUCCAGGGCUGCCACAGCCCACAGCAGACUCCAGUGGAGGUGCCUCUAAAGAGCACAAUCCAAACAGCACUUUAGGCCCAGUCGCUGCCAGGUCAAGAAGGGACAAUUUAGGAUCCGAGAGGGACUCGAGUCACAGAACCCUGUCAGCUCAGAAAUAAUAAACAGUGAGCAAUGUUGUGAACAUGCUGCUCAAUGAGAUGGUCUUAUGCAUCAGCUCACCCUUUGCAGCAUCUUAUAGACUUGCAGUCUUGCUGCAAAUAUUUUUUUUUUUCCAAUAUUUUUUUUUCCAUGCCAGUGAACUGACCAGUGAUGGUUACCUCAUCAAAUCUCCAGAGCGAUCUGCGUUGUGCUUCGCUCUGCCUUCUGUGCUUCAAAUAUGAAAUGGAAGAAAAAAAAAAAGUUGUCAAAACGAAGGUGCUGUAAACUAAAACGACUACAAGAUGUGUUCAAAAUGUGAUGACUGCAUUGCUACAUUCAUGUUUUAUCUGUAUACAGUUGUGUAAGCCUGUUUUUUUUUCAAGUGCAUUAGAACUACUAUUGAACUGGUAUUGUGAACAUGAAGAGAGGUCAAAGGUUAUGGUUUUGGAGUUGUACGUGCCAGUUAUGGAGUCUUGAGUGUGCCACCACAAUAUUUAUAGACCUUGGCAGUGUUCUGUUAGAAUCACUUCAUAAAAUACAAAAUUUUUAAAACAAUUUUAUCUUUACUAUCUAAAUUAAAAAUGAAAUGAUGAAUUGAAAGCACUGUACAUUUACAUACCAGCUAGCCAAGUAGAGCGCCUGUCGCUCAAGUAAACUUUAAAAUAAUUGUUGCAUCUAUAAUAAAAACAGGAGUUUGCGGUUUUUUUUUUUUUUUUUUUUUUUGGCACUAGUUAUGUUGUUGUUGUUGUUAGUUAUGUUGGCAACCAGGAAAAACGCUACACAGAAUCGCUAGGUGAAUGGAUGAACUACAACUAGGUGUUUUUACAUUUUUAGCUGUUUCCCCUUGCUCCCAAUGUUUAUGUUAUGCUAAGCUAAGCUAGCCAGCUGCUCUCCGGACAUGAGGGUGGUAUCGAUCUUGUUUUUAAUGUAUGAUUUAAAUGUCAUUUUAAUUUAUACAUUUAUAAUAGUUUUUUAAUAAUUGAUCAGUUUUUAAAUUGAUGAUAAUAAAUCACCUGUUAAGUCUAUAAUAGUUCCAUUGGCACACCCCAGGCUUCAUAGUCAUCACUCCUAGCAGAGAGCAUCAUGGCUUCUCUGUCCCUGGUGCUCUUUUUUUGUUGUUCACUCCCAAUGUACUGGUGAUUCUCCUCAAUGCUUAUUAGUGAGGAGAAUCACCAGUAAUCCCCACUGUAGCAUGCCCUCUGUCUGCCUUUGUGGAAGUCAGUUACUUAUGCUUUAAAAACAAAAAGAAUUCAGAAAAAAACAUGUUAUGAUAUUUUUUUUUGUAACUGAUAUAUUUUUCAGAUAAUAAUGUAUAUAGUGUAAAUUUCAAGUCAUGAAAAGUUGUGUUUUGCAAUUGGAAAAUACAGGUGAUGCUGUAAGUCUACAGACUGUGGUUGGUCAUACUGUUACACCAUUCCUGCAUUGCAGUUCGUAACAUCAUUAUGUUUAUUGUAUAGUUCUUGUAUAUACAUACGUGAAUGAAAGCUUUAAAUGUUAAUAUUUAUUGAAUUUUUAAGUGGUAUGGAGAACAAAAGUAAAAGACAUUUGAAAGAA